AUGGGAAAACAAAUAGUCCAUAGAGUGCUGCUAUUAUUUCCAUUCAUCAUAGUCCUUUACCUUUCUAAUGCAGAGCAUCUACAAUCAUCCCAGGUACAAGUUCUUUUGAAAAUCAAAUCCCUCCUAAACUCUCCACCUUAUCUCGAAACAUGGAAUCAAAACACUGAUUUUUGCAAUGCCGAGCCUUCUGAAAAUCUAACCGUUGUCUGCUACGAAGAAAGCAUAACUCAGCUGCACUUAGUCGGAAAUCUCGAUACUCCUCGACUGCCCAAUAAUUUCUCGACUGAUUCCUUUUUCACAACGCUCGCGGAACUUCCCAGCUUAAAAGUCCUCACAUUGGUAUCACUCGGCCUAUGGGGACCUUUGCCGACCGAAUUCGCGCAUUUAUCAUCCCUCGAAAUAGUUAAUCUUACUUCAAAUUUCCUCCAAGGCCAAAUACCCCACUCUAUAUCUUCACUACAACACCUUCAAACUCUUAUACUCGAACGUAAUAAUUUCACCGGUGUGCUUCCUGAAGGACUCGGUUCACUUUCGGCAAUAGCUGUCUUGAAUGUAAAAGGCAAUUCUUUAUACGGUAACUUGCCGAAAUCGCUCGAGGAUUUGGAAAACCUCAGAGUCCUUGUGCUGUCUAGUAAUAAUUUCUCUGGUGAAGUGCCUGAUUUUAGUGGCUUAACUAACCUUCAAAUGCUCGACUUGGCGAAUAAUUCCCUCGGGCCUCGGUUUCCUUCGGUUGGCGAUAAAAUAGAGACCAUUGUGCUUAAAAACAACAAAUUCACCUUUGGUAUUCCUGAGAAAGUUCAGUGGUUAUAUCAGCUAAAAACUUUAGAUAUUUCAUCCAACAGAUUUGUGGGGCCCUUUCCGGUGCCUAUUUUAUCACUUCCGUCGAUUGCUUAUCUUGAUAUCUCUGGAAAUAAACUCACCGGCAUGCUGUUUGAAAAUCUGGCCUGUAAUGACGGGCUUUAUUUUGUGAACCUCACUGAUAAUCUCUUGACGGGUAAACUGCCUACUUGUUUGGUGUCUGGCUCGGAAAAAAGAAUAGUGACCUAUGGCGAGAAUUGCUUGCAAAAUGGCAAUGUAAAUCAACAGCCGGUUUCGUUUUGCAAGAAUGCGGCUCUAGCCGUGGGGAUAUUGCCCCAUUUGCGUAGGCAAAAACGAGCAAAGAAAGUGAUUCUUGCUUUGAGCAUAUGUGGAGGAGCUAUUGCAGGCGCGGUUUUAGUUUGUGCAAGUUUUUUGGUGGUUAAGAAGUUUCUUGCGAAGAGGGAAUCACGGAAAAAGGGUAUGACGAGAUCUACAGCUGAAAAUGCAGCCACAAGCUACACUUCGAAGAUUCUUAAGGAUGCAAGAUAUAUAACUCGAGCAAUGAAGCUAGGAGCGCUUGGGCUUCCAGCUUAUAGGACGUUUUCAGUUGAAGAGCUUAAGGAGGCAACUAAUAAUUUUAAUACAUCCGCUUCCAUAGGAGAUGGUUCUAAUCGUCAGAUGUACAAAGGUCGAUUGAGGGAUGGGUCCCAUGUUGCGAUUAGGUGCAUUAACCUGAAAAGAAAUCAAAACACUCAAUAUUUCAUGCCUCAUGUAGAGAUGAUAUCCAAACUCAGACAUCACCAUUUGGUGAGUGCUCUUGGACAUUGCUUUGAGUAUUACUUGGAUGAUUCAAGCGUGAGCAGGGUUUUUCUUGUCUUCGAAUAUGUCCCGAAUGGAACUCUAAGAAGCUGGAUAUCGGAGUGGCGUGUGAGACGGAAGCUAACAUGGGCCCAGCGUAUAGCAGCUGCAACAGGGAUAGCAAAGGGUAUACAGUUCCUUCAUACAGGGAUCGUGCCUGGUCUUUUUGCCAAUAAUAUUCAAAUAACCGAUGUUUUGCUCGACCAGAACCUUGUUUCGAAAAUAACCAGUUACAACCUGCCUUUGCUAACAGACAACAUGGGAAAAGUAAGGAAAAUAAGCGUAGUUUCUCGAUCAUACAUUGUGUUUCUCGACAGGGCAAAGUAUCAAGACAAGCUUGACAUACACGACUUUGGAGCAAUCUUACUGGAAAUCAUCUCUGGCAGGCCCAUAACUUCCAGGAACGAGCUCGAAGCAAUAAAAUUCCAGUUUGAAGCCAGCACAAUAGUCGAUGACGUAUCAAGAAAGAGCUUAGUGGACUCUGCAGUGAAGAACACAUGCUCGGCUGAAUCUGUAAAAACAAUGAUGGAGAUGUGCUGCAGGUGUUUGCACGAGAAUCCAGCUGAACGGCCCUCGAUUGAAGAUGUCCUAUGGAAUUUGCAGUUUGCUGCUCAGGUGCAAGAGGCCUCCCAAAGCAGUGAGGGCUCUCCUAUUUCCCCUCUGCAAUCUUCAAGUUUAAAGUUGACCUUGAAAUAG